GCUCCCUCCGGAAAGCUCGCGCGUCGUGCAGCAAUAAUGAAAGUCUGAUUGUUGCUCUGUUACUCCUCGAAGUUUCCACGAUUACCACCAAUAGAGGAUCUGGAAGACAGGAUGCUUGCACUCGUUCCUAAUUACCCUCAUCUUUGUCAGACCGAUGCGCCCGGCUCUUCUCCGAUUGUUGAAGAGGCCAUCGGCACUCUCAUUAAUUGAUUCGCUUAUAUUGUGCCCGCCUGCAAUUGAGCACUUGCGGAUUGACCUUGAAAAGAGAUGUUUGCGAUGUCAAUCAUCAAAUUCACAACCGUCAACGCCCGAACCCGCCGAGUCGCGAGUAGUGAAGAAGGAUGAACAUUCGAAGCCCUCUACGAAGCCAUUGAAGUUCACAGUGCAUCCCAUUGAAAAGCAAAGGCCAGAGUCAGAAAACCGAUGUCUAUUAGACGAAAACCAAGAUCGAAAACUGGGGGUACAGUUGGAGAGCCUAGAUUACGAGUCAGAUGUUGGCCAUACUCGCGACAUUGGCACGCGUUUGGUGGAUAGUCCUGCACACCGAAAUGACUUUGGGCUUUGGUUAGAGUUACUGAAAUACCGGCGCCGGCAUUACGGCAACGCUGGUACUCAACAAAUCUGGGAGGGAUUAAUGAGGCGGGUUGGUGGACUUCAAAUCCCUGUGGACGGAGAAACUGCAGAUACGCUUUGGCAAACCUUUGUGGACUGCGGAUUAGAACGAGAAGGAUUUCUGAACGAGAUCGCCGAUUAUGCUCUAGGACUGUGGAAUGAAACAGGACAACGUUGGCCCAAACUUUACCAAAGUAUAGUGAGUUGGUAUGUUAAACGUGGAAAGCCAAGUCAAGCUGUGCACUGGCACAAGCGACUCCAAUACCCGCACCUUUCGGACCCCAACGAUAUCGCACAGUGUUUUACCUCUUAUAUUUCUGAAUAUAUGAAGACACCUAAUAAUCUGCUGGCGCGCCGGAUUGCCUUUGAACAAAUAUGUCAGCAUACGGACGGUCACCAGGUAUAUGGCCAGGUCAUUUCUGCGUUGAUAGCGACUGGCAAGCCCCGAGACUUGCUUCAAAUGCAUGAGUUUCUAAUUGCGCGAGGUGACCACCCACGGUCAUUGGAGGAACUCCAACCAUUGCUCGACUUCGCAGAAGCAUUUAUCUCGAGCAGUAGCACCAAAGAGAUGCUCUGGCAAUACUCAAGGGAGCGGUUCGGAUCUGCUGAGACAGUCGAUUCAACGUCAUCUAGGCCCGAAGAGGCUGGCAAAUUUGAUUCGGAAGAGCACCUUGAGGAUCCCGGAUUCAACGAUGGUUUUGGUGCUCGGGUCUUUGCCACCAAGGCCCUGACUUUUGAUAUGAUUUUGUCUGGUUUAAAAACAUUCCGUGUUACAUCUAUUGGGCCCCAGUCAUUACGCGAGAUGGCUAGGAAAGCUGGCGGGAGUCAUGAUGUACUCGAAAAACUCGAUAUAUUGGAGCAAAACAAUAUCUCAGUUGGAGACAGCAUUUUUGCACGAUUGCUACGUCGGCUCGCCACCGAAAACCGCCAGGCCCAUCUUUCCGAAUUAAUCAACAGUGAUCAGCAUCAUGAUGUGUUUGAAGAUUCCGAGACUCAGAUAGCCUUACUGAAGUCGCAUUAUAUUGCUGGCGAUUGGCGACAAUACAAUCUUACAUUAGAGGUUCUCAAAGAGCUUCUUGGUGAUGGAUUGGACUUGAUGAGUAUUCACGUUCGGAAGCACAUCGCAGCAGGAGAGACAACGCUAGCCGCAGGGGUAGUGACUGAUAUGCUCAUGAAAGGCUUCACUCCAAAUGAAUACAGUGUAACUUUUAUGGUCAAUUAUCUUUUUGGUCCCCGGCGACCAGGGCGUCGACCUGUUCAGCAAGUCAAUCUCCGCUCCCGUCAUGACCUAGCGUCUGUUUUCCGUUACCUGCAGGGUCUCUCUCAGGCGGGUGCAAAUGUUCCACUGAAGUUGUGGGACGAACUACUGAAGCGAUAUGGAAUGACAGAUCGCUGGGACGAAUUGCGCGCGUGUUGCCUCUGGUUGGCCCGUCGCUAUCCCGGCUAUUCGGCCAGUUCAUCACAUUCCGCAACUGCUGCGAGAGCUCCACGUGGUGACUGUUUGACUCUGCAGAGAAUAUUUCACCGCCAUAUGCAGCAAGCAAUAAUCUCGUGGGGUUUCAUCAUACAACCGUCUAAGCUAAAGUCCUACCACAUGGCUGGCAGACACGACGAACGGCUGGUUCCGUUUGUCCGGGGAAUAAUGCUCCUCCGUGAGCUCCAAAAUCGAGGCCUCAUCGUCCAGUCGGCGCCAGUUUAUCGUGCCUGCUUGAAACGCCUGCUUAUCCUGUACGGUCCCUUUUAUUGGUCGAGGCGACGAAACCGGGCACUGCGUGCAGUGAAUCCAUACACGAUUGAACGGGUUAUCUCAGAUAUCAACAUUGCCGGGAAUCCACGUUUAAUUAGUGGCGUGCCAAGAAACAACGCCGAAUGCCCCGGAAACCCACGUCUGACUCUGUUUGGCUCCGCCACGCCAGGCUGGCGCGUCCCAAACGUCAGCGCCGCAGCCGAUUUGUCUCCAAGAAUAGCGCAGGUCUGA